AUGGAUUUGGCUCUCCCUGCAGCCCGCAGGCCCUGUGGCUGUGAUGCGAAAUCACUGAAAGCCUCGAGUGUCCCAUCAGGCAGCCCCGUGCUGGCCGGCCCCAAAAAGCUGAGCCUGCGAAUCCUUCAGGAUUUCAGCGGCAGCAACGGCUCCUUGGAGAAAAGCCCCCAGCCGCAGGGAGCGGGGCUGCAUGCAAGGGCUGGAAAGCCGGGGGUCCAGCGCCAGCACGGAGAGGGGAAUGCGGGGUGGACCAAGGGAUCAAAGCUGGCAGCGCUCUUCGAACAUCCUCUUUACAACAUCCCAAUCCCGGAGGUGACAGAGAAAGACAAGCUGUUUGUCGUCAACCCCAUGGAGAAGUUCAGCCUGCGCAGCAGCGGGAGUGACGAAUGGGUCAGCAGCAGUAAAGCCGAGACGCUCCUCCCGACAGGGAAGACGGCCUACGACACCUACCCUGCCUGGCUCAAAUUCCACGUUGGCAUUAACCGCUACGAACUGUACCCCCGCCGGGACCCCGUGAUGCCCACCCUCCUCCGGGACUUAGCCACGCAGAGGAUCGUCAGCUCGGUCCAGAAGUCUGGCGGGACCCAGCUCAAGCUCAUCAUGAUGUUCCCGAAUUAUGGGCAGGCCCUCUUCAAACCCAUGAAGCAGACCCGGGACCAGGAGACGCCCAUCGACUUCUUCUACUUCUCGGAUUUUGAGCGGCACAAUGCGGAGAUUGCAGCCUUCCACCUGGACAGGAUCCUGGAUUUCCGUCGAAUCCCCCCAGUUUCUGGCCGUUUGGUCAAUAUAACAAAGGAGAUUCGUGACAUCACCACAGACAAGAAACUGGCCAAGACUUUCUUCAUCUCCCCAG